AUGGAGUCGUCGAAAAGGCCUCCACCGUCAGACACCAACAUCUCUCAAGCCCCACAACCUGGCGUCAAGGUGGGCCUGACGACUAGUGUUGAUGGUGAAGGUGGCAGCAGUGAUGGUGGUCCCCCCGAGCCCGACUCGGACGAGGUACUGAACCCUCUGCAGGUGUUGUUGCAAGCCGGUCUUCUGGCCACGGGGGCGCUAUCCGCAGCCUGGCUGGUGGACAGACGGACCUCCAGCCUCCUGGCCGGUGUCGAGGGCGUCGAGCCCGUGACGGAGCUGCAGGCCGGUGUUUCUGCUGGCCGAGUAAGUGACAGACACGUUUGA